CAAAGAUUAUCGAAAGGUCGAACACCAAUCGUUUAAUUAUUUUACUUCUUUGAAAUCUAGAUCGUUCUAUCGAAAAAAAAAAACUGAAAUUACACAUUUACGUCCAGAGUGAGGAAUAGGUGUUAAAAGAAAUUCUCUCACUUCUGUCAGAUCAAGGAAUUGAAAUAUUCCAGGUGCUUGUAAGUACACCCGAGAGGGAUCUUAUUUGGACACUCGUCUUCUGAAAUACGUUGGUAAAAGAUCGUUUUGAUGAAAAAAACAUUUGGAAUAUUUUUAUCGCUCGCAACAGUCGGAUACAUAGCUUGGUUCUCCUCAUGUCCACGACGAGAUGUAUCUCCACAGAUCGACACGUCAGUAUCGGGUGACAUCUACGACUUUCGGUAUCAGUGGUGCCGCUUACAUAGAUGGAGAGUAGACUGGGAAUCGAUGGUCAGUCCUUGUUGGAAAGAAAUGAGCUGGGAUAAACGGGAUGUGACGUCACGGAAGAGAACAAGCCCUUACAGAAGCUACAUCAGUAAAUGGGAGCUUUCGCCAGCCGGCCAUUUUAGUCGCCUAUGGAUCCAAUCCGUUGAUCUGGAUGGUCAUCCCAAGAAAAUAGGAGGCGAUUCCUGGCGAGUGUACAUCAGACAAGGCCCAGCGUCACUAGCACCAGUAGUUAUCGAUCACGAAAAUGGAUUGUACGAGGUUUUGGUUCUCAUCGUCGAACCUGGUGAAUAUCACGCUGGUAUUUACCUGGAUUAUACGUUAUGUAACGGGUAUCGAGACCCUCCCAAGAAAUUCUUUAGAAAUGGGACAAACCAGGGGCUGUACAUUAACGUCGAUGAAACCUUUCUGGGGGACAUCAGAGCAGACUUUAUAAACAAACCGCUAUCAGGACGAACUGCUUUCAAAAUGAGGAUCAGACCCAGUUUGCAAGGAUAUUUCAGCUAUUGCCGUGACGUUGCUUCGUGCAGCAGACUAACUGCAUCAUGUAGACUGACCUGUUCUCACAUGUGGGAUGGCCAUGGCAGAUGGGUCAACAUGUCCUGGAAGUCCUAUUCACAAGCAAGUCUUUCUCGUCGUCAUCGUUUUCAGCCACAAACCCUUUUAAUCUUUGGCGACUCCAAUGGAAGACGAUUCUUUAAUCUGGCCGAACGUAGUGAGCUUUGUAAAGGAGUAUUCAAGCGUUGUGACCUGGUGCAAAAUUGGUUGUAUGAGUAUGAAAUAGAUCGUAGUAAGAUAAAAGACACUGACGAAUUCAACGUGUCGUAUGUUAUGGACCUGUUCCGUAGGAAGCUCCGCCCACCAGAUGUCAAUCACCCCAACAGUGUAUUCAUAUUUAAUCUUGGUAUUCACUACUCACUGGGGCUAAACUUUAGCCAAUAUCAAGACCUUCUUAAUCGCGUUAUCAAGUUAUUGAAGGAGCCUGCAUAUCGAAUGGAUAUUGUAUGGAGAGGGACAACCAUGAUCGAACGAGAAAAACUGAACUGGAAGAAAAAAUAUGAACAUCCAUUAAAUCACACCCUCUUUAGAUUUCAUAACAACCAGAGAAUCCAAUUGUUCCAUGCCUAUGCAACGCAAGUAAUGUGCCAAGCCAACUUUAAAGUGAUCGACAUGUAUCCUUUAUCUUCUGCGUAUCCUAGAGGAACGUCUGAUAACGUCCAUUAUGACUUGGAGGCGUUUUUACCCGCCAUUAGAUUAUUAGAACAAUAUUAUAAAUAA